AUGUUUUCGACUUUCCUUGUCCUCCUAGUCGCACGCGGCCAUGCUCUUGAGUCCACGGCCAUGGACCAUCUGCAGCUGCUGCAGCAGAAGAUGGUCCUCGAAGCUCCGGAGGAGCAAUGGAAACAGCACUUGCGCACUGCUGCACCGCUGAAUUGGAUCCACUUCCCGAAAUGUGGCAGCUCCCUGCUCAACGCGAUCAUCCACAUGCCGGGUUUUUGCCCAGUGCUGGACAACGUCACGAUGAGCGCCGAGAUCCAAGGCGUCUGUUUUCUGAACACUUGGUUCGGACAAGGUUGUCAGCAGCAGUGCAACAUGGACUACUUCUUGUGUGCUAGGCCGCAUCAUCCGGUUGGCAACUACUCCAAGCAGCGCGGCCAUCUGGUUGGUAUGUUCCGAGAUCCCGACCAGCGAAUCCUGUCGGGUUACCAUGACAAGCUGCCUUUCGCAGCCCCAACUACCAAUGCAGACUUUACCGAAACUGUUGUUGAAGGGAUUUGUGAGCCUGAAGCACUGGCACGAGCCAUGUCUUUGCCGAAAAGGCCCAUUCAGGAGUUUGCUGAGUCAUGGAAGGGUGGGAUGACAUUCCAGCUGUUGGCACCGUCAGAUGCACAGAUAAACAACCCAAACCGAACAAAGAUGACGCGAGAAGAUGCAGCGGAAGCAGCCCGAAGAGUGACGGAAGGUUUUGCCUUUGUGGGCAUCACAGAAGAGUGGGACUUGUCAAUGUGCCUUUUUCACAGAACCUUCGGGGGGACUUGUCGCGCCUCAGACUUCGCAAACACGCGGCCCACCUUCCCAGGGAAGUCUGCGAACACAAGCUAUGACACAUCGGAGCUCAUGGGCUGGCAUGACGACAUUGAUGAAGUGGUGUAUGCGGCGGCCCUUGAGGUCUUCCACAAGAACCUGAUCUUGCUUAAUGUGUCUCAUGACACCUGCCAGGAGUGCUACAGAAGUGCAGGCAGAGGAGGUCUUGGCUGA